GUUGUUUAGCUUGCAGCAAUGGAUGACGAACAACUUCUCGAUUACGAAGAGGAGCAGGAAGAGACCCACGAGCAAAAGACUGCUGAAAAUGGUUCCGGAGAUGCGAAGAAAAUAAAGGGUAAUUACGCAUCCAUUCACAGCAGUGGGUUCCGAGACUUCCUUCUCAAGCCGGAACUUCUUCGUGCUAUAAUCGAUUGCGGAUUCGAACAUCCUUCUGAAGUUCAACAUGAGUGUAUCCCACAAGCCAUCUUGGGAAUGGACAUUGUUUGCCAAGCUAAAUCUGGUAUGGGUAAAACUGCUGUCUUCGUUCUCGCCACACUUCAGCAGCUUGAACCUGUCGACGGAGAGGUCUCCGUGCUCGUGAUGUGCCAUACGCGUGAAUUGGCUUUCCAAAUCUCGAAGGAAUAUGAACGGUUCAGCAAGUACUUGUCUGCCAUCAAGGUUGCCGUCUUUUUUGGUGGCAUGCCUAUCAAGAAAGACGAGGAGUUGCUUCGCACAAAUUGCCCACACAUCGUCGUGGGAACUCCCGGACGCACCUUAGCUUUGGCCAGAUCUGGAAAACUGAAACUCGACAAGAUCAAAUACUUCGUUUUGGAUGAGUGCGAUAAGAUGAUCGGAGAUGCUGAUAUGCGACGCGACGUACAGGAGAUUGUGAAGAUGACACCACAGGAAAAACAAGUGAUGAUGUUCUCUGCCACCCUACCCAAGGAGCUGCGCGUCGUCUGCAAGAAGUUCAUGCAAGAUCCUAUGGAGGUUUAUGUUGAUGACGAGGCAAAGCUCACCCUGCAUGGACUGCAACAGCAUUACGUUAAGCUGAAGGAAACCGAGAAGAACAGGAAAUUGUUGGAGUUGUUGGACUUGCUUGAGUUCAAUCAGGUUGUCAUAUUCGUGAAGUCGGUGCAGCGCUGUGGUGCUCUUCAUCAGCUGCUUUCCGAGCAAAACUUCCCUUCGAUUGCCAUCCAUAGACAAAUGCCCCAGGAGGAGCGAUUGGCUCGUUAUCAAGCCUUCAAGGAUUUCCAAAAGCGUAUUCUGGUAGCCACGGAUUUGUUUGGUCGUGGAAUGGACAUUGAGCGCGUUAACAUCGUUUUCAACUACGAUAUGCCUGAAGACUCAGACUCUUAUUUGCACAGGGUUGCGCGUGCUGGAAGGUUUGGUACUAAGGGAUUGGCCAUCACAUUCGUAUCUGAUGAAGUCGAUGCGAAAACCCUCAACAGUGUACAGGAUCGAUUCGACAUAAGCAUCACAGAACUUCCGGAGACCAUAGAUGUGUCCACUUACAUCGAAGGCAGAACGAACUGAUCGUUGCUAUUCAGGAAAAGAAGAAUUGUGUAUCUGAUUUCAAAGUUGUUAGUGUUAUUGUUCGAUGUAUGGUCUCAUUGUUCCCUGUUCGUAUGGUUCCGUAUACUAUUACUAUUGUUGAGUCAAACUUUUUUCUGUGUAAUUUAUGAAGAACUGAUCGUGUAACAUAAAAGGUGUGUCACUGCU